GAGACCGGGUAGGCCACUGGCCGAGGCCCCACCUCCGACGGCCGAGGCCCCACCUCCAACGGCGAGACCCCGAAGCCGCAGCUCAGGAGGUUUUCCACGGAGGCGGCUUUAGUUUCCUGGUCUGUGGCUUUUUGGUCCCAAGACCACCAGGAUAGGGCCAGGCACAGUCCCAGGUGAAGCCAUGAGGAGGCUCCUGAUUCCCGUGGCGCUGUGGCUAGGCAUGGCAGGUGUCAGUGGAGCUGAGCUCACCCCGGCUCAGCAGCGGGGCCUGCAGUUGGCCCUGGAGGAAUUCCAUAAGCACCCCCCUGUGCAGUGGGCCUUCCAGGAGAUGGGUGUGGACAGCGCCGUGGACACGCCCUUCCCAGCUGGAACCUUCGUGAGGCUAGAGUUUAAGCUUCAGCAGACGAACUGCCGGAAGAAGGACUGGAAGAAACCAGAGUGCAAAGUCAAGCCCAAUGGAAGAAAACGGAAAUGCUUGGCCUGCAUCAAACUGGAUCCUGAAGAUAAAGUGUUGGGCAGGAUGGUGCACUGUCCCAUACAGACACAAACCUGGCCGGAGGACCUGGAGGAGCACCAGGAACAGCAGUGCAGCAGAGUGGAGCGGGCUGGUGAGGACCCCCACAGAUACUACUUCCCGGGACAAUUUGCCUUCUUCAAGGCCCUGCCCCCCAGCUGAGCCCAUCUGUUUCCUGGAUGGCUGCAGGCAGUUCCCAGUGGAAGACUCCACCCUCCCCAGCACAGGAGGCCACCCUAUCUUGAGCUAAUAAAACUCUAUCCAAGUUG